UCCUCCUCCAUGUGACCGAUCACAUGACUGUGACAUCACCGCAGGUCCCAUAGCAAGGAGAAAUCCGCGCGCUUCUCCACAGAUACAGGUUCCUCCAACCCAGGAUCCUCUGCUGAUAUCUUCUAUAUAAGAGAAGUCUCCUGAUCAACCAUGGAGAGAGACAGGAACAAGAUGGCCGACAGGAUAAUAGACCUCACCCUAGAAAUACUCUUCCGGAUUACUGGAGAGGAUUACAUAGUAGUGAAGAAGUCCACUAGUGGGCGCUGUUGGACUUCUGUGUCUGAAGGAUGGGAAAAAACGUUGAGCCCAAUCCCGGGGCCCCCACCUCACUCUCUGAUACAUGAGGAAAUGAAUGAACAGAAGAUUCUAGAUCUGAUCAACAAGAUGAUGGAGCUGCUGACUGGAGAGGUUCCUAUAAGGUGUCAGGACGUGGCGGUCUAUUUCUCCAUGGAGGAGUGGGAGUAUGUAGAAGGACACAAGGAUCAGUACAAGGAUCAGGUGAUGAUGGAGGAUCAGCAGACCCUCACAUCAGCAGUCAGAUCCAGUAAGAGAACAGCAGCAGAGAGGUGUCCCCGUCCUCUUCUUCCACAGGAUCAGGAUCAGCUUCUGAAUCAGUGUGAAGAUCUGAAUAAAAUUAAUCCUCCAGAGACAGAUGUGAGCGGUGAUGAGCAGUAUGAGGAGGACAUUUCUACAAGGGAAGAUCUGUUCCAUAUUAUUAUUACAGAAGUAAGGGGAGGGGAAGAAGAAGAAGCAACAGACGUGAGGGGUGAUGAGCAGUAUAUGAAGGACAUUUCUACAAGGGAAGAUCUGUUCCAUAUUAAUAUUACAGAAAUAAGGGGAGGGGAAGAAGAAGAAGCAACAGACGUGAGGGGUGAUGAGCAGUAUAAGGAGGACAUUCCUACAGGGAAAGAUCUGAUCUAUAAUAAUAUUAUAGACAUGAAGGAAGAAGAGACAGAUGUGAGGAGUGAUGAGCAGUAUAAGGAGGAUAUUCCUACAGGUGACCUUUCAGGUCACUGUACCCGGACAUCAAAGAGACUGAGAUCUUCAGGUUUUAAAGCAUUUGAUCCUUUUAUAUCAGUCGUGAGUCUUAGACAACGAAGAAGAGCUUCUGUAAGGAAGAGGUUCCCAUGUUCAGAAUGUGACAAACGUUUUACUACGAAAUCACAUCUUUUUAGACAUAAAAGAACUCACACAGGAGAGAAGCCAUUUCAAUGUACAGAAUGUGGAAAAAGUUUUACUCAAAACAAAUCUCUUGUAUCCCAUCAAUGUAUUCACAGAGGGGAGAGGCCAUUUUUUUGUUUAGUAUGUGGGAAAUGUUAUACUAAUAAAAGUAAUCUUAUUUAUCAUCAAAAAACUCACACAGGGGAAAAGCCAUUUUCAUGCCCAGAAUGUGGGAAGUGUUUUACUCAUAAAAAACUUUUUGUUUAUCAUAAAAGAACUCACACAGGGGAGAAGCCAUUUUCAUGCCCAGAAUGUGGGAAAUGUUUUCCUUAUGAAUCAAGUCUGCGUCAACAUAAAAAAGUUCACACAGGGGAGAAGCCAUUUCCAUGCCUAGAAUGCAGGAAAUGUUUUACUUGGAAAUCACAACUUGUUAAACAUCAAAGAAGUCACAUGGAUAAGAAGCCAUUUCAAUGCUUAGAAUGUGGGAAAUGUUUUACUCAAAAUUCAUAUCUUGUUAGACAUCAAAGAAUUCACACAGGAGAGAAGCAGUUUUUUAUGCCCAGAAUGAGGGAAAUGUUAUAAAUCAGGUGUGCAUCAACAUUAAAAAAAAAACAACUCAUACAGGGGAGAAGCCAUUUCCAUUCCCAGAAUGUAGGAAAUAUUUUACAUUAAAAGCUCUGCUGGGGACCCCCGCAAUCUUGCAUUCGGCACCCACCUCUUUGAGCUGCACUCCACGCUGCCAGCUCACAAACUGCUGGGUGCGGACCACAGGGCCGGAGUAUCGUGACGUUGCGACUCCGCCCACCUUGU